GACAAUUAUCCACGAAGAAGAAGGAGGAGGACUAGGAGAGAGAGAGAGAGAGAGAGAGAGAGCGGUCAGCAUUUGAAUUUCCCCGACUGGGUAGUCUUCCGACGACCGGUCAUCGUCGUCCUCAAGCUCCGCAGAGAGAGAGAGAGAGAGAGAGAGAGAGAGAGAGGGAGGGAGAUUUUACAUGGUGAAGGAGGGGAAGGAGGGGAAGGAAUGCGACUGGGGAAGUACGAGCUCGGGAGGACGCUGGGCGAAGGCAAUUUCGGGAAGGUGAAGUUCGCCGCCGACGUCGAGUCCGGCCAAGGCUACGCCGUCAAGAUCAUCGAGAAGACGCGCAUCCUCGACCUCAAGAUCACCGAUCAGUUGUUAUUUUGGCCCAGCACGAAAUUUAACGGAUCGAAUUUGCUUUGGGUGACGCAGAUAAAGAGAGAGAUCGGCACAUUGAAGCUCCUCAAGCAUCCCAACGUGGUCAGAUUACACGAGGUCUUGGCAAGCAAAACCAAGAUUUACAUGGUCCUGGAAUAUGCAACGGGAGGAGAACUGUUCGACAGAAUUGCAAGUCGGGGAAGGCUUCCUGAAGCUGAAGGGAGGAAGCUUUUUCAGCAACUAAUAGAUGGUGUUAGCUACUGUCACGACAAAGGUGUUUUCCACCGAGAUCUCAAGCUGGAGAAUAUUCUGGUUGAUUCAAGGGGAAACAUAAAGAUCACAGAUUUCGGCCUCAGUGCUUUACCCCAGCAUUUUAGGGAUGACGGAUUACUUCAUACCACCUGCGGGAGUCCCAACUACGUUGCUCCGGAGGUUCUUAACAACAGAGGAUAUGAUGGGGCAACCUCAGAUGUGUGGUCAUGUGGUGUUAUACUUUACGUCAUUCUGACUGGGUAUCUCCCUUUCGAUGACAGAAAUCUGGCUGUUCUCUACCAAAAGAUAUUUAAAGGAGAGGCCCAUAUCCCGAAAUGGCUAUCGGCAGGUGCCAAGAGUCUUAUACGGCGAAUUCUUGAUCACAAUCAUGUCACCAGGAUAACUAUGGAUGGUAUCAAAGCAGACGACUGGUUUCGACAGGACUACAGUCCAGCAAACCCUGACGAUGAAGAGAGCAUUUUAAUUGAUGAUGCCUUUUCCAUGCAGGAAGUGCCAUCCGAAGGGGAGAAGAGUCCACGAUCACCCACCCUCAUCAAUGCCUUCCAGCUCAUCGGAAUGUCUUCAAGUUUAGAUCUUUCUGGCUUCUUUGAAAAGGAGGACGUCUCGGAGAGGAAGAUUAGAUUUACAUCCAAUCACUCUGCGAAGGACUUGCUUGAGAGGAUCGAGGAUACAGUGACACAGAUGGGAUUUCGGGUUCAAAAGAAAAAUGGGAGAUUGAAAGUAAUGCAAGAGCAGAAGAGUCAGAGAAGUCCGGGAUCUCUUUCAGUUGCCGCAGAGGUUUUUGAAAUCAGCCCAUCCCUGUAUGUAGUUGAGUUAAGAAAAUCGCAUGGAGAUUCUACAGUUUAUAGACAGUUGUGUAAAAGGCUAUCAAAUGAGCUGGGAGUACCACAAAACCAGCCGCUCCUGACCUCCGGGAUGUAAAUAGCGUUUGGCCCUGGGGGAAGAGAGAAUUCAUUUAAUUCAAUCAAUUAUUUAGCGAAUUUCAUCGAGUUUUUUUUCUUUUUGGCACUGCACGGGGCACUCGGGACUGAAGCAAGAGCUAGAGAGUAACUUGAGGUCCCUUGCACCGGCUCUCUGUCACUACCUGUUGGCGAACAUCCCAUAAAGAGAAUUCCAGUAGAAUCCAUCGGUUAUCUUUGGCGCUCAGGAGCCUCUCGUUCUUUCUCUCGAGUCCCUGCGAUUCUACAGCAAAAUGGCAUUUAGUCUCAAGGAUUAAGACUGUUUUGGUCAAUAGAAGGUGGGAGAGUGCGAAUGAACAAAGAGCACCAUGGCUGGUUUUCUCAUUAUCCUCAGCUUGGUCACAUGUAGAUCCUGUACAGUGGGAGCGCUAUUAUAGUCUGAAGAAAGAUCAUCCCUGUAAAUUCUAGCAAUGUAUAGAGAGACAGCUCUAGUGUUGAUUAAAGCAGAUCGAAAAUGGGUUCGACCCAUUAUCACCCGAGAUAUAUAAUUUCGCCAGUGGCCUCUCUACCUUUUCUGAAGCUUCCAAAUUACUAUAUCAAGAUGUAUUAAAAUA